AUGGCGGUGUCAGCCGCUGUGUUAUGGUCCACUUCAAACCUUUGUUUGUUUCUCUUAUAUUCUGCCGUAACUACACACGAAAAUACAACAAGCUACAGCUUGAAUACGACAUAUUGUGACCAGAACGUAACAAAUAAUGUUACGGACAAUUAUACAACCACACAGCCUACAGACUUUGACUCGACAACCCCAACAACACCGAGAUACAGCAGAACAGAGGAGCCCAUUCAGCCGACAUUGCCCGCUGAGCCCCUGCCCGUCUCCGGCCGCCUGCUCACUCCUGUCACUAAAGUUGGCAGCUUGUGUCCCUGUGACAAGCACAAGGAUGUGUGUGACAUCAACUGUUGCUGUGACAGAGCAUGUAGUGAGGAGGUUGCGCUGUUCACCGGCUGCUCAGUGGACACUGUCAGUGGGAAAAAGCAGCUGUGCAGCAAUGAUGUAGCGACUUACUCUUUAGGGAGCACGAUUGAUGGCUACUCAGAGCUACAGUCAUCUGUUCGGAAGGAGACUAAUUACGACGUCUUCUGCAUUCAGUCACAGAACCGUGUUGAUGGAUUAUCUCACCCCUCUCCUGCUCUUCCAACUGACAGCAACUUUGACUCACUCGUCAAAGAAUUCACCAGCUUUAUAUUUGGCUCAGAGGAGAACGGUGGUCCGGUGACCCCUGCAGAGCUCCAGGCCUUGUCUGGAUACCAGUGGGGAGAUGUGAUGGUGACAGCGGGAGAGAGUGGACAGAGAGGGAUGUUCUGGCUGCCAGCUCCUUGUGUCACUGCGGACUGUGUGGACACCAGUCCUGCAGCGUUCUUAAAGGAUCAGAGCAGUCGAUGUUCUCGGCAUGUGGUUCUGAAGCAGGACUGUGGAUCUCUGCUUGCCCUCAAUAUGAACACCUACACCGACAUCCGGCUCUUUGCUGGGAAGACUCAAGAUGCAGCACUUGUUCCUGUAGAGGUGGUGUCAGUCAUCCUGCAGUCUGUUGAUGGGACUCAGACAGAGUUGAUGAUCAGUGGUGGAGAAAACCUCAACCCUGUUCUCCUGAACCCGACCGUCUGUGCUAAUGUGGUGCUGAAGGUUGCUUAUAUGACUAAGUACAACCCAGCUGGUGAGAUAGUGAAUGUGACGGUGUCUCUGGUACUUGGAUUUGUCCGUGAAGCAGCACUGUCCCUGGAACAGGAGUUUCACAUCACAUUUUUCCAGGAGGACGAGGCGGCCAUCCACUGCAGUGGAAAUCCAGGUUAUGUGGUUGGACUACCUCUUGUUUCUGGAACAAGAACAGCAGAAGGGAUCGCUCGAAGCGUCGACCCCAGAGACACAGUAUCUCUUCUCCACAGUGCUGAGGACCAGGACUGUCUGCAGGGACCACAUAAGCGCUCCCCUGUCCUGUUCGGUCUGGACUCUGUGUCCGGCUGCACAUUAAGACUGAAGGAUGCUGCCAACUGCUCCCUGGUCCUUCAGGUGCUUUUGGAUGUUUUGAGAGGACCAAACCAUGCCAAUUUUGUGGCAUCUUUUGGAAACUCCCCACUAGACUAUCCCCUGGACUGGGUGCCGAUCGAGAGCAACUUUAAUCCUGUGGAAGCACAGAGUUGCAGCAUCCCACUGUCGCUGCACUUACAAAUUGAAUGGACUAAAUAUGGAUUGUUGAUGAACCCCCAAGCUCAGAUAGUGAGCAUCAAAGAAGUGAUCCGAACCAACACCACCAGUUUGGACAUGUUGUCUGGAGGAAGCAGCAUCCUGUCAAUUAGGAGUUCAGUGGCCUUUGUACCAGUUUCUGCUGCUGCUCUUCCUGGUUACAGAGCCACACCCACCAUCAAUGCCAAAUUGCCCUUUGAUUUCUUUUUCCCUUUUGUCUGAACACAGAACACGCAUGGAAAAAGGGAAGAAAAGUUCAUGUUCCCUCUUUUGUCCGAACAGUCCACAUGGAUUUAUGUAUGAUCUAUGUGUUCCUGUAUAUUG